GAGCCGGCCGCUGCCGCCGGGAGAGAGAGACAUGGCCGAAAGCCUCUCCUGGGAGCUCCGUGUCUGCACGGGUUAAGGCGUGCGCUGCGGAGAGGUGGAAAACCUGCUGUUGGAUUUUACUUCGAGGGAGCGGACAGAAAGCGGCGAAAUGGAUGACUUCCCCUCCAUCUGCCUGCUGUCCCUGGCCAUGCUGGUCGCCUGCUAUGUGGCAGGAAUUAUACCCUUGGCAGUUAAUUUUUCUGAGGAGAGAUUGAAGUUGGUGACUGUUCUGGGUGCUGGGCUCCUGUGUGGAACUGCCUUGGCUGUCAUUGUGCCAGAAGGAGUACAUGCACUUUAUGAAGACAUUUUGGAGGGGAAGCACCACGCAGCGAGCGAGAUGCAGCACGUGCUGGAGUCCGAGAAGGCAGCGAACAUCCCGGCGGCGCACGAGCACGGCCAUGACCAUUCCCGGCUGCACGCCUACAUUGGGGUGUCCCUUGUCCUCGGCUUUGUCUUCAUGCUCCUGGUGGAUCAGAUAGGCAGCUCUCAUGUGCACUCUGCAGAUGAUCCAGAAGCUGCAAGAUCAGGCAACUCCAAAAUCACCACAACACUGGGACUAGUAGUCCAUGCUGCAGCUGAUGGUGUUGCAUUGGGUGCAGCAGCUUCUACUUCUCAGACUAGUGUCCAGUUGAUAGUGUUUGUUGCGAUUAUGUUGCACAAGGCACCAGCUGCCUUUGGCCUGGUUUCCUUCCUGAUGCACGCUGGGCUAGAACGGAAUCGGAUCAGAAAACACUUGCUGGUCUUUGCCUUAGCAGCACCUGUUAUGUCAAUGGUGACAUACUUAGGACUAAGCAAGAGCAGCAAAGAAGCCCUUUCAGAAGUCAAUGCCACUGGAGUUGCUAUGCUGUUUUCUGCUGGGACUUUCCUUUAUGUUGCCACAGUUCAUGUUCUCCCAGAAGUAGGAGGAAUUGCUCAUAGCCACAAACCUGAAUCAACUGGAGGAAAAGGACUCAGUCGUCUGGAGGUGGCAGCCCUAGUAUUAGGGUGCCUAAUUCCUCUAGUUUUGUCCAUUGGACACCAUCACUAAACGCUCAAAUUUCAAUGUUCUCAAUAAGACAUGAGCAGUAAAUGUCUGCUGCUCCCUUUAUCAUUCUUUUACCCAUCAUUCAUCCCAUCCACUUUAUGGAGUUCAGAGGGAAUCUUGAUUGCAAAACGAGGAAUACUGGGAAAGUUUUUAGUGUAGCAAAAUGUACUUUGGCAGCCGGACACAAAUUCUCUGUAACUUUCUUUUCUGAAGACAUUUGCUAUUUUAAUUGUUACUUCUGGCCCUAUUCUCAGGGAAGAUGGAACUUGAAGUUUAAGAAAGGUGAGCAGGGAAGAAUAUAGCAACUCACAAAAUUGCAAUCACCAAAGUAUCCUGCAGUUCAGCUUUCACAGCUGAGAGCAAAACCCAAGGAUGGCUGCGUUGUGGGAGGUUGAAGUCUCGCUAAUGAAGAAGGGGGCUCUCCCCCAUCGGUUCUACAUUGUCCUGGCAAUGCUACUGGCCCUUGUGAUGCUUGUCACUAAUUGUACUGCAGAAAUGGGCUGCACUGGGAACUCUGUAUAACACUGCUGCUGUCACAGAGGUGUCACUUGAUAGGAAAGAAAUUAUGUGGACAAUGUGUAGGAUUAGAGGAAGAAAUCAGCUGGUUAAGAAAGUGCAAAUGAGUUUUGCAGUGUAUUCCAUUGUUUAAGACAAAGGAUAGAAGCAAGGAGAAUAGUGUUUUGAUUGUUUAUUCAAUUGUUAAUAAAUUCUAAAAAGGACUUUUUCUUGGCAGAUAGCCUUCUGCCAAGUCAGUCAAGUCAGCAGGAAUUAUGUUUUGGCUACUGGGAUACCCUAAUGCUUCUGUUGAGAGAGAUACCCAUAGUGCCCUUUGAGAUGGAGCUGUUCUGGGCUCUGAGGAGUAGAAAUCUGAUGGAGACAGCUGUUGAGGGACCAGAGAACUUUACUAGCUCAUUUUCAAAAACCUGAACUGCUGAAAUCCGUGGGGGGCUGUGUGGGUUUUUCACUAAAUAAAGGUAUUACGGCUAAC